AUGGAUACACUCCCGCCAGCGCUUCAACUUCUCGAUCUUCACAAAGUGAAACGGAAGGACUUAUAUGAGCAGGCUGCUUUCGAUCUUUCCGAGCGUGUGGUCGCUCGUAUUCGUGCGCUUGGUGAAAAUGGCUCUCCCGAGUCAAUAAAGAAGUUGGAGGAUCAGCUGGAAAAGUGCUUUGAAAUGUUUCCUCUUCCACAGUUUCGCGAUAUCGUGCUAGAAAAUCUCAAACAGUUGCCCAAGAUACCUGACAAGUAUCUUGAUACUAUCAUGAAAGACAGAAAUUUCUAUGAUGCGUGCCCAUUGACUGUACAACAGCAGAUCUGGUUGCGCAACAAUGAUCUAUUCGUUGAAGCUUUCAGUCCACUUAUAGAAUCGUAUUUGAAACGAAAGCAAGACCUUCUUCUGUCAGUGGAACCAUCAAAUACCAACUUUUUCACUUUCGAAACAACCAAGGCACGCCGUCAGUGGAAAGAGAUCAAAGAUUUGGUUCAGUCUUGUGGUACUCACGAAGAGUUGUUCAAGUCGAUGACAACCUAUAUAAGAGAACUUUUCGCUAGUACUGGUGACUCAAUGCUCUGUUCAUUGAGAUAUGAAUUGAUUAUGGCUGCACACGAUGCUGGUAUUGAGAGCUUAGUCAAAUCGGACCCAUGCCACGAUUUUGCUUGGUGCUUGGAAGCAUGUAUGAGAGAUAAACACCUUGAAAGUCACCAAACGGCAAGAUUGAGGCAUAUGUUGGAUGCGUUUUUGAAGUCUCCGAUCGAGAGCAUUGUUGAUUUGGCCAUGAUAGCUGGCGAUGUCCAUGUAACUCACUUCUUUUGCUCUUUGGCAGUGAAGAAGUUACGUGACUCGGGUGGAACUCAUCUUCCUCGCGACAUGCCAUCUGUUGUAGUGAUGAUGAGAGUAUUAUCAUUUGGAUGCGCAGCCAAGGACUUGGUCUCCAAGAAGAUACAACCGAAUGAGAUUUUUGACUUGGUAUUUGUGAACAGGUUUCUGCCUGAGUUUCAAGCGCUUAUGGUCGAAGACUGCACCAGAGCAGAAAUGUUGCGCAACAAAAAAGAUGAAGAAGAACUCGAUGUCAGCAACCUUCUAACAAAGCCAUCGGAACAGAUUAUAACUUUUCUGAAGGCAAGUCGGUUAGCAGCUCUUCUCUGGUACCACUGCUGUUUGGAUAUGCUUCCUAGCAAAAAGAGAAUAGGUGAUUUGCGUGGGUUGGCUCGGUACGUUGAGGUGCUUCCCUUGCUACGCGAUAAUAUCGUAUGCUCGGGAGUUUGGUGUCAUCUGAUAUUUCAUCGCCUAAUAUACUCCAAUCAGUAUGAAGCCGCACUUGCUGAACCCACUAUUUAUGCCGCAAUAAUUGACAAACUUUUGCUGAAAAACUUGCUGGCGGACCGAUGCGUGAAAUAUCAGCUAUACAAGUUGAUUAGCCAAAUAGGAUUUAUUUGGGGACAACCACACUGCAUGACGAUAAUGAGGGAUUUUGACGUUGAGUUCUUCAAAAGCGCAAAUCACCCUGAUAUGGACUUUAUCGAGGAAUAUAAUAAAUUGCGUGAGAGAAUAAUUCCGAAACCUUUCGAAGGUGCAGAUGUGGAAAUGGAGCAGGUUCCACCGCCAAAGGCUCUACCUGUUGUACAAGUCCCACCAGUACCUUCCUUAGGCCCUGCUUCACCAGCUGGUGUUCCGCACUACAGUAUAUUUGCUCCUCCCGGAGCACAUCACCCGAUCUGA